AUGAUUGGUUUACUACUUGACUUCCAUUCAGCCCCUCUAGCUGAACAGGUAGCAGAUAAACCCAAGAGGUCUGCUCUGAACCAGCUCACCAGGACCCUCCUGCGUAAAUACAACUGUGGAGUGAGACCUGUUCAGAACUGGACCAGACCCACGCUAAUCCACAUAGACCUCAUACUGCAGUCGGUCCUUGAUGUGGAUGGAAAGACCCAGCAAGUAACCACAAGCAUUUGGUACCGGCAGAUCUGGACCGAUGAGUUCCUGGUGUGGGACCCCGAGGAGUUUGACGGGAUCACUGAGAUCUCCCUGUCCUCUGAUGCUAUAUGGGUGCCCGAUCUCAUCAUCAGUGAAUUUGUGGAUGUAGGGGAGUCCCCUGCCAUCCCCUAUGUGUAUGUCAACUCGUCCGGGAUGGUGAAGAACAACAAACCCAUCCAGGUGGUGUCUGCAUGUGACCUGGAGCUGUACGCCUUCCCUUUUGAUAAGCAGAACUGCACUCUGACCUUCCGCAGCUGGCUUCACUCAGUGAAUGAGGUGAACCUGACACUGUGGAGGAGUGCGGAGGAGAUCGCAAAUGACCAGAAGUCAUUUAUGGAUGAUGGCGAGUGGGAACUGUUGUCUGUGCCCUCCCGCUACUGGCAUCUCCGCCUGGACGACAGAGACUACGCCCACAUCCAGUUCAACGUGUUGAUCCGGCGGCGCCCCCUGCUGUACGUGGUGAGUCUGCUCAUCCCCAGCAUCUUCCUCAUGGUGGUGGACGUCAUCAGCUUCUAUCUGCCGCCCAACAGUGGCACCCGUAUCACCUUUAAGACCAGCAUCCUCCUGGGCUACACUGUCUUCAGGGUCAACCUGAUGAACGAGAUGCCUGCCACCGCCAUCAGAACACCACUCAUCGGUGUGUUCUUUGCGGUCUGCAUGGCGCUGCUUGUGCUGAAUUUAUCCAUCUCCAUCUUUGUGGUGAAACUCCUCCCACAACGAGAAGGAGGCUAUGAGUUUGACCUGGCUCCAGAGGAGGACCUACUGUCCCUGAGCGAGCUCCAGGAGAGUGCUCCACGGCUGGAGAGGCUGCUCCAGGAGGUGGUGGCCCUGCGGCUCUACCUGCAAGAAGGGGAGAGUGACGAUUUGGCCCAGGCCGACUGGGUGGCCCUCUGCUGCAAGGUGGACAUUCUUCUUUUCCGAGUCUACCUGUUCAUCCUGGUCGUCUACGCCAGCACUCUGCUGCUACUGUGGGCCAGCUGGAGCUCUGCAUGA